ACUAGUUAGAGAUAUUGUAGAGGUUAUAUAGUAAAAGACUGUACGUGAAGAAAGUCAAAAUCUCACCUCCUCCCAAACAAUAAGAAAAUCGAAGCUAUACAACAACAAAACACUGAUAAGACUCCCUACACCUACCUAGCUAGCUUAUCACUAUAUAUAUAUGACCUGACAUCAUCAUUUUCCAUCUUACUUUCUCUUCAUCCAAACAGAAACACUACUCCCAAAACUUCACUCAAAUAAUGGCCGCUUAUCCCUUUUUUAUCCUCAUCCUCAUCGUCUCCAUCGCCGGAGCCCAUUCCAACGAUUCCAUCGACAAAACCUGCAAAACCACAAAGUACUACGAUCUGUGUGUCUCCUCUCUCAAAUCGGAUCCCACGAGCAAAAACAAGGACGUUAAGGGACUCGCGACAAUCAUGAUUGGGAUCGGGAUGGCCAACUCCACUGCCACGUCGUCUUAUCUGUCGUCUCAGUUGCUCAGCGCCUAUGGAAACGACGUCGCAAUGAAGAAAGUUCUGAAGGAGUGCGCCGACAAGUACGGCUUCGCUGCCGACGCCCUCCAGUCUUCUGCUCAGGAUUUGGUCGCAGAGAACUUCGACUACGCUUACCUGCACGUGACCGCAGCCGAAGAUUACCCCAACGCGUGCCGUAACGCGUUCCGACGAUUUCCUGGCUUGGCUUAUCCGCCUGAGCUGGCGCGUAGAGAAGAAGGCUUGAAGCGUAUCUGCGACGUCGUUUUGGGUAUAAUCGACAAUCUUGGUGAAUAUUGAAUGUAAAAAUUGUAUUCAAUAUAUCUACUUCUGGACUGGAGGGUAAAAUAUAUAUAAAUAUAUAUAAUAUUCUCAACCUUCCAAAUUGAAUUAGUGUUACUUACUAAAGUGAGCUUGAAUGUCAUUGUUCUUUAAUAAUUGAUGUGUUUUCUUUUUGGAGGGGGCCAAUUGAUGUUUCCACUAUCAACUUCAUUUCUUAGUUUCACAAAUGACUGAUAUCGUGUGUUCUUUUAAUCAAAAAUAAUAUUAACUUUGUUACUUAA